UUAAAGAAAACUUUAGGAGAAGGAUCAACAGGUAAAGUUAAACUUGCUAUCCAUAAAGAUUCGGGCGAAAAAGUUGCAAUUAAAAUCAUCAACAAGAAAAUUCUUACUCACAAACCUCAUCUGAAGAAGAAGGUUGAAAGAGAAAUAGCUGUUAUGAAAAUGAUCCGUCAUAAACACAUCAUUAGAUUGUACGAUGUACUUCAAACAAAAAUGUAUUUAUUCUUGAUUAUGGAAUAUGUAGAAGGAGGAGAACUUUUUGAUUAUAUUGUUGAGAGAGGAAGAUUGACUAUUGAAGAAGCUUUCCAUUUCUUCCAACAAAUUAUUCUUGGAGUUGAAUACUGCCAUAAACAAUUAAUAUGUCACAGAGAUUUAAAACCAGAAAAUUUAUUGUUAGAUACUUAUAAGAAUAUCAAGAUUGCUGAUUUUGGUAUGGCUUCACUUAUGGAAGAAGGAAAACUUUUGGAAACUUCAUGUGGAUCACCGCAUUAUGCUUCUCCGGAAAUUGUAAGAGGAUUGAAAUAUAAUGGUAUGGAAGCUGAUAUUUGGAGUAUGGGUGUUAUUCUUUAUGCCUUGUUAACAGGUAGACUUCCAUUUGAUGAUGAGAAUUUGCAUGUAUUACUUGCCAAAGUUAAGGAAGGAAAGUAUGAAAUUCCACAAUUUUUGGAUGAAGAAGUUAGAGAUCUUAUUUCUAGAAUGCUUACAUUAAAUCCAAAAGCAAGAAUUGUUUUGAAAGAUAUCAAAAAUCAUCCUUGGUGGAAA